AUUGAUGUGGUCAGUCUGCCACUGACCUUGUUUGGGUAAGGAAGGGGCGGAUGUGAAAAUGAGACUGCUUUUAUCUCCUCUGUGCAUUUUAUCUCCCCUACAACUUUCUAAAGAAGUUUCAGUUAUUGGAGCCAGCUCCCCUCCCUCCCUCUUUCCCUUACAAUUACAAUUCUCGAAGGCACAGAGAAAAUAAGGCAACAGCAGCUGAAGUUGAGUAGCAUCAGCUUGUUGUUGAGCUGAAGUGGUGAUAGCAUCAAAGGAAAUGGAUGGGGAUUUCUGAGAUCAGAGCUGUUAGGGCCAUUCAUGAUUUGUUGCCAGGCUGAAAGCUGCUGCAGAAGAGAUCUGCCUGAGAAAUGCUGAUUAAUAAGGUAAUUGAGGUUUUCUAUGAGCAAGAAAGAAAAAAUGAAAAUAUGACUAAAAGAGUUCUUUUUGAAAUGAACAACAUUUUGAGAUUGCAAAUUCCAGACAAUAGCAGCUAUUGCUAUGAAAGAUUUCUAUAUGUGAGCAGCAAACUGCCAAUCAAAUAAGACUUUUUUUUUUUAAUGUUUCUCUAUAGGGAGGAAGGUCAGAAGGUCAGUCUCUCUCUCUCUCUCUCUCUUUUUCCAAGGGAAAAUUUCCCACAUGCUUGUUACCUUAAUACAGAACCUUUACAAUUUGUGUCUGCAUCCAUCUCUGCUUUCCUGGGAACCUUAUUUGGUUUUAUUCCAGAUCAAACUUCAUUAGGACAAGACCUACAUGAAAGUGAAAUCCAUCCCCUAAACUACUGUAGUUCUGCUCUCAGGCUUUUCUUACCCCUGCUAGAACACCUGGACCUAAUUUUCAGGGUUGCCUUGUUGAGUGGCACAAAGCUAUUUGAAGUUUGCAUGUGCCAUAAGUUCCACCAGUUCUGAGUGGGAGCACCGGCAUCUUCCUAUUUAUCCAAAUAAUUUUUUUCAUUUUAACCAAUCUUUCCCCUCCCUCUUCCAUACCAAAAAGACAGCCACAGUUCCUUGAGAGGCAGAUUUAUCUGUCCCCAGUUUUCCUUCACAUUUAAUUGGUCAGCACUUGAAUUCUGUGUUCCAAGAUUCUUUGGGUGAACCUGAUCUUUUAUUAGACCAACUUAAAUAGCUGGAAAAAAAAUUUUUAGCAAGCUUUCAGGUUUAAAAACCCUUUGUCACAACACACAGGUUCUUUUUUUGCUAACGGGGAAGUGAAAAGUUCUGAAACAUCUGCACCUCAAAGUGAGAUAAUUUUUUAGUAAAAGAAUCGAGUUCAGUAUGACUACAUUGUUUUUCUGCUCGAUGUGGUGUGACUCAGCAUCAGUUAAUUACCCAAUCAAGUAGGCUGGAUUUCUCUUGUUUAAUAAAUGCUUCUACCCACUUCAUAACCUCCCUAGAUCUCCUUUUGUAUGUGCCUAGCUUUUACCCUGUAUAUCCAAUUACGCUUAUACCCAUCAGUGCCAGUACCGUUGCCACCUCUCCUGUGGAAUGACACACUUGCAGCAGUUAAGCCAGGACACUCAAAUGCAGGAGAUGCCCUACUUCUGUCCAGUGGUGUGAUGACUUCUGGGUUAGAACAUACAAAAGGUUUUUAAAAAGAUAUGCUAUUCUCAGCAUGGCAAAACCUACAGGGAAAAAUAAUCCCAUUCACCCUUCUUUAUCAUCAGCGCUGGCAGAGGGGCAUAAAAGGUGGGGGCAGCAGAUUGUGGACACUUCAAAGACACACAUCUGAUCUUACAAACCACUGUGUUUUUCUGUAAAUAAAUAUGACACCCAAAUAGGCCUAUACUUAUCAGCAUGCAUUUAGGAAAAGAAAUCAGGUACAUGGUAACCAAGAGGAAAGAAAUUAUAAAUAUGUCUAAAGAUGUGAGGCAAAAAGGAAAAGCAGGAGACUUGCUCUUCAGUAAACCAACUACGGUUUGUAAUUGGGUGGCUGGCUAUAAAUGGAAUUGUGCAUCAUUGUUUCUCUUGAAUUGGAAGAUUCCUUACUGAAGAUACAGGACCACUGAAGGAAGUAAGGCAUCUGGUUGUUUUGUAAUGAGAAGCAGGAAUGCUUUUAAUAAUAAACAAACAGGACAUUGUAUGCCAUCAUCACAGGAUGUCCUUCCUUCAGCCAACACACGGACUUGGAUUGGAGGAAAAAAAUUGACGAGCUCAGGGCUCGCUAAUUACUAUUCCAGUCCUCCUUCAAUUACCAGCACACUCUUAAGUGAGCAGUCAAAAUAUUGUCGAACACAAGUUUCAUGCUGAAACAUAUUUUGUGUACUGUACAAACUUUGGCAUGUAAAGUUUUUAAAUGUGUGCCUUAUUACAUGUAUUUAAUGAGCUUCCCAUGUUUUACCUGAAGGGCAGAGGAAGCUGCCACAUAAGAUAAGUGAUAUUUAAUAAAUAUCAGUAAGAAGCAGUUUAAACAAGGAAUUAACUUUGUAGCCUUCUCCUUUUGUAAGAAAUCAUCUACAUCCUGAGAUCUAGGAUAAUCUAUACCCUUUAUUUAUUCUGUAUCCUGAGAUCCUUGAAUUGUAUUAGACAACAUCCCGCAAUUGUUCAGCUUUUUGUUAGAAGCUUCUAAGUAGCUGCUUUUUAUAUUUUGUAAUCUGAAUGUGGUUCUUUAAUUGCUAGUUUAAUGGCAUCCCAUUUUUUAAUUAAGACAGACAGCAAAAUCAUGUAACUGUGUCCUUAAGACUCACGGUUUAAAAAAGUGCCUGAUGAAUGGAUUUGUAGUAGAAACUGGAUAACGUAUGACUAAGGUCAUAGGUGGUGGUCUUGUGGAACUAAGGCUGGCUGUUAGGGAACGCUGAUGUUCCUGUGAACCAACAGGGAAAUUUGGGCAGAAAGAAAAAAAGAAAAUUCCCCUUGGUUGGAUCAGAGUUUCUGUGUUACAGGUAUAGCCCCACCCCUGCAGCCGUGACUUUGAGUAAAUCAGAUGAGUGGCUAAUAGGAAAUCUGAAACAGGGAGGGGAAAGGAACAAGCUGUUUAGCUAACAGACUGAAAGUAUUCUUGUAACACUCAGCCCUCCAGUGUUUCUGAGAGGCAAAAGCAGUAAGUGCAGCAGCACCUGUCUGACGGAGAACGAGCCAGUGAGCAAGCAAAGCGCAAGCCAGAAGACUUAACUCUCUAGGUGUGAGUCAGUCGUACUCUAAAACAGCAAGUGGAAGGAAGAAGAGAUGUUUACUCUGUAGAUAUGAGUGAGACUUACAUUAAACGCUGGGCUGCUGUUUGGAAUUAUUUGUGGACUCGACCUUGGCUGCCACACAGUGUAGCUCGGACUCUGUGAGUUUCAAACUGCUUGUAAAAGGGACAGACUGGACAAUGAAAAUGGACAUGGAGGAUGCUGACAUGACUUUGUGGACAGAGGCUGAUUUUGAAGAGAAGUGCACGUACAUCGUAAAUGAUCACCCAUGGGAUCCUAGCACUGAUGGAGGCAACGUAACUCAGGCAGAGGCUUCCUUGCCAAGGAACUUGACUUUCAAAUAUGCAUCAAACUGUAAAGAGGUUACUGGAGUUAUAAGCAAAGAGUACAUCCCAAAAGGAACACGCUUUGGACCCCUGGUAGGAGAGAUCUAUACCACCGAUACAGUUCCCAAGAAUGCAAACAGAAAAUACUUUUGGCGGAUCUAUUCCAGUGGUGAGCUUCACCACUUCAUUGAUGGAUUUAAUGAGGACAAGAGCAACUGGAUGCGCUAUGUGAAUCCAGGCCAUUCUGUUCAGGAACAGAACUUGGCUGCUUGUCAAAAUGGAAUGAACAUCUACUUCUACACCAUCAAGCCUAUCCCUGCCAACCAAGAACUACUUGUGUGGUAUUGUCGAGACUUUGCAGAGAGACUUCACUAUCCUUCCUCCGGAGAGCUGACGAUGAUGAAUCUCACACAAGGCCACAAUAACCCAAAGCAGCAAAGCACUGAUAAAGAUGAACUUUAUCAGAAAAGCAUCCCAAAGAAAGAGCACAGUGUGAAAGAAAUCCUGAAAACUGAAUCCAACCCUUCAAAAGGAAAGGAUUUAUUCCAGACCAACAUUUCACCCGUUACUCCAGAAAAAAACUUGGAUGAUUUAAGAAAAAACUGUAGCCCUGAAAGGUGUUUUUUCCCACGGGUUAUCUAUCCAAUCCGACCUCACAUGCCAGAAGACUAUUUGAAAGCUUCCCUAGCUUAUGGGAUGGAAAGACCCAACUAUAUUACACAGUCUCCCAUCCAGUCUUCUACCACACCAAGUCCUUCAGCAAGGAGCAGCCCAGACCAAAGUUUAAAAAGCUCAAGCCCUCACAGCAGUCCAGGGGUUACUGUUUCACCUCUGGCACCUACUUCUCAAGAACACAGAGAAUCUUACCCUUACUUGAAUGGACCCUAUGGCUCAGAAGGAUUGGGGUCUUAUCCUGGAUAUGCACCCCCUAGCCAUCUCUCUCCAGCCUUUUUAUCCUCCUAUAAUUCCCACUAUCCAAAAUUCCUGUUACCUCCAUACGGUAUGAGCUGUAAUAACCUGAGCGCUUUGAACAAUAUCAAUGGCAUCAACAAUUUCAAUCUCUUCCCAAGGAUAUAUCCUCUCUAUGGCAACAUACUGGGUGGAGGCAGCCUGUCCCAUCAUGUGCUAAACCCUGCUGCUCUUCCAGGUUCACUGCCAUCUGAAGGAAGCCGUAGAUUGCUACAACCUGAUCAUCCAAGAGACUUUCUCAUACCAGCACCUAACAGUGCCUUUUCCAUCACGGGCGCUGCUGCCAGCAUGAAAGACAAACCAUGCAGCCCCACAAGUGGGUCCCCUCAAGCUGGCACAGCAGCUACUUCAGAGCAUAUAAUGCAACCUAAACCUACCUCAGCAGUGUUGGCUGCCACCAGCAGUGAAGAAGCCAUGAAUCUCAUUAAAAGUAAGAGGAACGUGACUGGUUACAAAACCCUUCCAUAUCCACUGAAGAAGCAGAAUGGGAAGAUCAAAUAUGAAUGCAAUGUUUGCUCUAAAACCUUUGGCCAGCUCUCAAAUCUGAAGGUCCACCUGAGAGUGCACAGUGGUGAGAGGCCUUUCAAGUGUCAGACUUGCAACAAAGGGUUUACCCAACUGGCUCACCUCCAGAAGCACUAUCUGGUGCACACAGGCGAGAAGCCCCACGAGUGCCAGGUUUGCCAUAAGCGAUUCAGCAGCACCAGCAACCUAAAGACCCAUCUUCGGCUCCACUCUGGAGAAAAGCCUUACCAGUGCAAGUUGUGCCCUGCUAAAUUCACCCAGUUUGUGCAUCUGAAGCUGCACAAGCGUCUCCACACCAGGGAACGUCCACACAAGUGUGUCCACUGUCAUAAGAGCUACAUUCACCUCUGCAGCCUCAAAGUCCACCUGAAGGGCAACUGCCCAGUAGCCCCUGCCUCCGGCCUCUCAGUGGAGGAUCUAAAUCGUAUCAAUGAAGAGAUCGAGAAGUUUGACAUCAGUGACAAUGCUGACAAGCUGGAAGAUAUGGAGGACAAUAUCGACAUGACAUCAGUUGUGGAAAAAGAAAUAUUGACCAUGCUCAGAAGAGAAAUAGAAGGAGCUAAUCUUAAAGUAUCUUUGCAGAGGAACCUGGGAAAUGGACUUAUCUCCUCAGGAUGCAACCUCUAUGAAUCUUCAGAUAUGUCCAUUAUGAAGUUGCCUCAUGGUCAUCCACUACCUCUGUUACCGAUAAAGGUCAAGCAAGAAACAAUUGAACCAAUGGACCCUUAAGACUUUUUCUGGCAAAAAGUGAUUUUUAUUUAUGACUUGGCAAGUCAGGGUGCCUGUAGCAAUUGCUUGUACAUAGUGUCAAUGCUACAAAGCAAUCUUGGCUUACAGUAGUUUCCCUCACUCUCUCCAGUUGAAAGAAGGAACUCCAAAGUAACUAUAUUCUCAGGGCAUGAAAAGAGGCAAAGGACUAUGUAUUGCCUCCCCAGUUACUAAAAGACAAUCAUCUAUCCAUAACUAUUUUUUCAAUUAUAGUACUUCAUAAUUUAUUAUGCAAUUUAUCAUUCUAAAAGCAAUAAUUAGAAAAUGUUUACAAUGACUGAAAAAUUCAUUGUAAUUUUGAAUAUAAAAGUUUAUAUUUUGUUUCAUGGCCAUUCUUUGUAGAUAUUUUUUCUGCACAUCUGUCUUAAAAAUUUAAGAUUGGGGAUAAAAAGUUAUUUCAGUAAGUUUGUCUAUGUACCAAUGUCUUCAAAAACAUGGUUUUUAUAUUGCCAAAGGUGAAUAUUUGAUGUAUUGAGUCAUAGAUCAAUUGGCUUGAAAAAUGCUGUGUACAUUCAGGAGUGGGUAGAUGUACAAAAUCCCCCAGAAAAGAAAAAGCAGCAGCAAGCAGAGAAAAGAAAAUCAUACUUACCUGUGUAUGGGUACUAGAGAUUCCUCAGCCCACAGCUCUACCCAUAACACAUGACAUAGCGAAUACCUGCCUAACAUGAAUGAUGCAAUGGUCAGGUGUUUGGAAAACAAUAGUAGUCACAUGUUAUGUCAUGAGAUUUUAUUAUCUAAAGCCAUGCAUCAACUGAAAAUGUGAAAAAGUGGCUGUGUUUUUUUUCAAAAGCCUCUUGAAACAAGCAUACAAUAAUUCCAAAUGUGCUGCCUACAAGGAUUUUUUUAUUUUAUUUUUCCCCAGAACCUUCCAGGGAUACAAAAGAUGGUCAAUUUCCCUGAUAAAUAAGGGUUUGCUUUUGGGGUUUUUUUGUUUUUUCCAUCCCACUUUUUCCAUGGACAAAAGUGGGGAAUGAAGUCCUUUCCUGGCACAUACUUUUUUUUUCCCCCUUCCUGUACGACUUAGAUUUUCCUCAGUAUUUGUGUUUGUACAUUUUGUGGUUAAUUUAAUUAAAGAUGAAAAGGGCAUUGCAAAGUUGUUGAACAACAAUUACCUCAUUGCGUGUGUCCAGUGGUGCAGAAAAUGUUGUUUUAUCUAAUGCUUUGCUACUUUAGAGAAGAAACCAAAAUGUGCACAGGAAAAGAUAGAAUGCACGUCUUUUUAUCUUUUUGUUCUGCUAAGCCCAAAGAUAUCAUGUUGGCAUUUGAGGUGUAGCAAAGAAUACAUGUAUAUUUAUAGAUAUAUUUAUACCACUAUACCAUAUAUGUAUAUGUAUAUAUAUUUAUACCACUUAAGUUGUGAGCCAAACCAUGUAAUAAAACCUAUUUUUCAUCUAAGUGUGAAAAUCAAGUGUUAUCCAGCUUUGCAUAUCACCUGAUGACCUCAAAGCCAGAAUGUUGUGCUAAGGCAUUUAGCACUUGCUAGCACGUGAGCACAGUUGAUCACUUAGAGCCUGAUCUUGCAAAUCCUUAUGUGAAUAACUUUGCUGACAUGUGCAGUCUCACAGAAUUCAGUGGGAUUUAUUCACUUCAGAGCAUUUGCAAGACUGUCUUGGAUCCCUUGAUAUCCUUGCUAUAUGUCUUGUUAUAAGCAAACCACCAGGAAAGAACUAGAAAAGAAAUCAAACUAUUACCCACCCAUGGUAUAAAUAUAAUACACAAUGGUGAAGAGUGGAAUGAAAUAGUUAAAGUUAUUUGGGAUCAUCCUAACAUCUUAUUUUGUUCUGCCACUUAAGAGUUACGUGGUCAUAAGCAACUCUCAAGAAAGCAAAUAGCAUUAUUAUACACAUCACCAUUAUAUAUAUUCUAGCUUUUUAUCUGUUUAUAUUCUUUUAGAUUUAAAUAGACCACUUCAUAAAUCCAGGAUUUUGUAUGGCAAUCUAAUGCCUUCUGCCAAAAAGGAAACAAACCAACCCAAAAAACCUAAGAUAAUUGAAGAGAAUCUUUAAAUACAAUUUUUGAAGGACUACAGUUCAUUACAUUUCUGCUCCUAUAAAUCAUGAAGCUGACAACUUUUAAGUGUAGCAAUGGUUCACAAAAAUAGUACUCACCUGUAGGAUAAACCAAAGUAUCACUACUCUGUCCCUGGACACACACUUUUCCUAUUAAUUGCCUGUAGUGCUUUCUUGUAUUUGAUACAAAUUUCACAAAGAUUUAUAUGCAUCAGCUUUAAGAAUUGUUACUUCUCUUUACCUUUUUUAUCCUUUCCCUUAGAACUUUUACAUGUGAAUGUAGCAACAAUCAACAGUGUUUUAUUUCUCUCUCUCUAAGAAAAACUUUGACCAAAGUUAACAGGCUUUUUACUUUGCUAGAACAACAAACUUAUCUUAUGUUUACGUACUGGUUUACAUCGUUAUUUAUGUGCAAAUUGUCAAAAUGUAAAUUAAAUAUAAGUGUUCGUUGCUUUA